AUGACAGAUUCAUCGUCUUCCAGCUGGUGGAAGCUGACGUUUCUGAGGAGACAGAAAUCUCAGCCUAAGGUUCUGUAUGAAAUCCCUGCAGACUUUGUUUCCAGCGGUCAGCACGGGUCAGAAGCAGCAGGUGGAGCCGCUGCCCACGCAGAGGUCAGCGUGCACGGCUCCCAGCUGGACGCCCGACUGGAGAGGAUCGUGGACAAAACGGCAGCUUCCAAGGGGCGCCACGUUAAAGUGUCCCACUCCGGGAGGUUUAAGGAGAAGAAGAAGGUGCGCACCACGCUGGCAGAGAACCCAGAGAUGUUUACAGGAGCUAAUCCUGCCACGGACGAGAACCAGAGGGUUAAGAAAUGA